AUGUUCUAUGGUCUGACCACCAGCCAGACAGUGAACAUUCCAUCUCAGCUGUACCCCAAUGUGGUUACCCCUUACGAUCCUUUGGCUUCCUCCAAGACUAUCAAACAGGCAGGAAAAGAUAAACCUGCUAGUGCUGGCACAUCAGGGGAGGUAAGAGAUGAUGUUAUUUUUAAACAAAAUUAUUGUUCUUGAAAUAUUUAAAUGUAUUCUUUAGUGUAAUUUCCAUCACAAAUCACAAAGAUAACUAUGACAUGUGUGAUGUUAUUAAACUCAAUUAUUUUUUCUUGUAAGGGUACACUUUUUUUUGUAUUUGUGUAAUGAAAGUUUAAACUCAGUAAAUCCAUAACUUCUAUUAUGCCCGUUGAUCUAGCUUUACUAUUAUGCCAGCUGGUUUAGCUUUACAAUUAUUCCUGGUAUUAUAGAGUUUUAUUUACUAUGUUUUCAUUUAUAUAUAUAUUUUUUUUUUCUUUCUCAAGAGAUAGAUUAUAUCUGUAAUUUUUGUUUUUGCCUAUCCAAUCUCAUGAAAUGCCAAUCCUUGAAUAUCACAGACCUGGCAAAGUAGAGGCCGAGGGAGAGGUGAUGGGGCAGCCGCUGGUAACAAGAAACAGAAAAAAAAGAAAGGAAGGGGCAGGAGGGGAGACAACUCUGGAGGAGAGAGAAGUGAUGGUGUCGGCUACGAAGAACGCGGGCGACCCACAGAACUAAGGAUAACACCGGGCCAGUCAUGGAGCAGCAUCACGCCUGAGGCUGAGACCGAGGCUCUGAGCCUGGAGAUGACAUGGUGGAGGCUGAGCAGCUCUGACUCUGAAUUCUCGGACACCGAUCGAGGACGGGCCCAGCAGCACAAGUCUGAAGCUGUCAAAGUUAGGCAGUGCGCCCUCAACUGCUUCCUCAACAUUGUUCGAGUGGGUACAUUAGUUAAAAUUAAGUUUAUGUAUUUUGUUUCUAAAUAGUUUAUGUCCUUAAACACAUUGUACUUACUUUUUGCUUUAAAUCAACUCCACUUCGAUUGACAUUGGUAAAACGUAGAUAUGGUUUAAACAUCAGUGAACAAGAUACCCACUUCCUUCCUAAAUUGUUGAUAUCAAUUUAUACCUAAAUGAAAGUGGUUCAUUCCAUCAGCUAAAAAUUUUAUAACUUUGACCCGUAAAAAUGUCACAACUUUGACUUUAAAAAAAAUUGUUCAUCACAAAUAGAUAAGGCACCAAUUUAAGAUGUUACAUUAUGUCAAUAUUUAUGAUGAAACUGAUAUUUUGAUGAGGAUUCAUAAUCUCUGAGAAAGCCUACAUUCUCAAUUCAAUUGUUUAAUUUUGUAGCUCGCUUUUUUGUUAAAUAAAUUUAGUUCAUUUUUUUAUAACAGAUUUUUUUAUAUCAACAGGCAUACAUAUCAUGACAAAUUCUGUUACCAAGUUAUUAUAAUUUAUAUUAGCAAUAAGGCUUUUUACACGUUGCUGGACUUUACUCACAUAAGGACACAGGGCUAUUGACUAGAUGGGGUAUCUUGUGAUAGCUGCUGAGGUACUCAACAGUUUGGAAUCAUAUUUUUCACACAACUUGGUACUAAUUUUAGCAUUCAAUGAUCCCAUUUUAGCAUUCAAUGAUCCCAUUUUAGCAUUCAAUGAACCCACUCAAAAGGGAAUGCAGUAAGCAGGGACAAAUAGAGAGAAAUCAAAAUGACACAUUCCCAAAUGCAUUGUCCCCAAACUCUAAUUCUGUUACUAUUCAGUAUCACCUCUUUUGAUCUAAAAGAAACGUGUGCAAUAAUCUAGGAUUAAUUAUUUUCAAAUCAUAAAAGGUAAUGCUGUUGCUCAACAGUAGAAAAAUAAAAUAAAAUGUAUAUAAUGAUUAUACAAUUUAAAAAAAAUAAAUGUCAUUCAAUAACUUGAUUUAUUCAACAUGUUUUGUUGUGUCCCAUCCAUUUCUAGGUUAUUGAUAAGAAAGCCAUGUUUGGAUACUGGUCAUCAUUCAUCCCUGAUGUAGGGGCGACCAGCGGAGCUCCCCAGACUCAGUCACUUUUUACCACAAUUCUUAAAGAUCCCUCACCUAAGGUAAGAACUAAAAUUGGCAAAAACCAUGCUAGUGAUAGUGGGGGGUGGGAGAGAUUUACAAUAAACUCUGCAAUGCAGGGUUGAUGAAUAGGUUUUUGUACUCUAACACAUCUCAUCUUUUGUUGAGUUUCAUGAAAGCUGUAAUUUUUGUAAUCCCUAAGUUUGUGGGUGGAAUUUUUGUGCACUGGUCAUUGUUGCAUUUCCUGAGUUUUAUUCCCCUUGCUUUUAUUACCAUACCGGAAAGAUGAUUAUGUAUAUACAAGAUAUAUACAAGAUAGAUUUUAAAUUUAAAACACAUAGCCAUCACCAUCUUCCUUCAUGUUUUUCACCCGUUCAGAACAUCAAGAGAAGUCAAACAAUUAAUUUCAUUUGUUUCAUUUAGAUAGGUCCCUUUCAUUCUGAUAGAGAUUUAAAGAAUGUUUUUAUUUUCAUGAAUAAAACAGAUCAUCCUUAUUAAUUCAUUACCAGGUCAAGUGUUUUCAUUGCCCUAAUAUUUUUUCAUAGAAUAAUUUCUCUUGUUUAGAAUAGGAAGCUCAAAACAAAUAUUUAAAACAUUGUUUUUUUGUGUGCAUAUUUUGAUAAAUAUGUUACAGAAGUUUAAUUAACAAGUUUGUAAAUGUUAAUAAGUAUUCCAUAUAAUUAUGUGUGUAAGUUUGAUUAAAACAAAACAGUUAGCUCUGUGUUUUUAAACAAAAUUGAUUUGACCAAUCAGUUUUAUAAGAUUAGCUGUAUGAGCUGUGUACCCGCAGGAAAAAAUUAGUGAAAAAUUAUCAGAGCAAACUAAUUUUCGUUGACAGUGUCGAAUGGCAGCUGUGGCCAGCCUGACGGCCAUGCUGGAAUCCACUCGGCCAUACCUAGCCGCUGCCGAGGAAAUCACCACGCAUCAGCCGGCUUUCACCCCCUUCUCUGCCAUCUUGGGAUCCAUGAUCCGAGAGAUCCACAGAUGUCUGUUACAGGCCCUUGUGGCAGAGAAUUUCAAGGCUGUGCUGACCCAGAUUAUUAAGGUAGCCAUUGUGCUGUGAUAUCAUUUUAGUUUCAAAUAAAUGCUAUUUUUUAGGUGUUUUUUGCGGGAACAGGACAUUUAAGGUAUGUUGAAGGCAGAUCAUAUUAGCACAUCAACUGGAAGCUUACAAAUUUAUCACUGUAACACAUCACCAGAUUCCUCACAAAAAUAGUCACAGCACACAUAUUCUACAUUAGACAAAAACAUGUAUACCUCAGGCACACACUGCACUGGCCAACACAUCUCAGGCACACACUGCACUGGCCAACACAUCUCAGGCACACACUGCACUGGCCAACACAUCUCAGGCACACACUGCACUGGCCAACACAUAUCAGGCACACACUGCACUGGCCAACACAUCUCAGGCACACACUGCACUGGCCAACACAUCUCAGGCACACACUGCACUGGCCAACACAUCUCAGGCACACACUGCACUAGCCAACACAUCUCAGGCACACACUGCACUAGCCAACACAUCUCAGGCACACACUGCACUGGCCAACACAUCUCAGGCACACACUGCACUAGCCAACACAUCUCAGGCACACACUGCACUGGCCAACACAUCUCAGGCACACACUGCACUAGCCAACAUAUCUCAGGCACACACUGCACUAGCCAACACAUCUCAGGCACACACUGCACUAGCCAACAUAUCUCAGGCACACACUGCACUAGCCAACAUAUCUCAGGCACACACUGCACUAGCCAACACAUCUCAGGCACACACUGCACUGGCCAACACAUCUCAGGCACACACUGCACUAGCCAACACAUCUCAGGCACACACAGCACUAGCCAACACAUCUCAGGCACACACUGCACUAGCCAACACAUCUCAGGUACACACUGCACUAGCCAACACAUCUCAGGCACACACUGCACUAGCCAACACAUCUCAGGCACACACUGCACUAGCCAACAUAUCUGAGGCACACAAUGCACUAGCCAACACAUCCCAGGCACACACUGCACUAGCCAACAUAUCUCAGGCACACACUGCACUAGCCAACAUAUCUCAGGCACACACUGCACUAGCCAACACAUCUCAGGCACACACUGCACUAGCCAGCACAUCUCAGGUACACACUGCACUAGCCAACACAUCCCAGGCACACACUGCACUAGCCAACAUAUCUCAGGCACACACUGCACUAGCCAACAUAUCUCAGGCACACACUGCACUAGCCAACAUAUCUCAGGCACACACUGCACUAGCCAACAUAUCUCAGGCACACACUGCACUAGCCAACACAUCUCAGGCACACACUGCACUAGCCAACACAUCUCAGGCACACACUGCACUAGCCAACACAUCUCAGGCACACACUGCACUAGCCAACACAUCUCAGGCACACACUGCACUAGCCAACACAUCUCAGGCACACACUGCACUAGCCAACACAUCUCAGGCACACACUGCACUAGCCAACACAUCUCAGGCACACACUGCACUAGCCAACACAUCUCAGGCACACACUGCACUAGCCAACACAUCUCAGGCACACACUGCACUAGCCAACACAUCUCAGGCACACACUGCACUAGCCAACACAUCUCAGGCACACACUGCACUAGCCAACACAUCUCAGGCACACACUGCACUAGCCAACACAUCUCAGGCACACACUGCACUAGCCAACACAUCUCAGGCACACACUGCACUAGCCAACACAUCUCAGGCACACACUGCACUAGCCAACACAUCUCAGGCACACACUGCACUAGCCAACACAUCUCAGGCACACACUGCACUAGCCAACACAUCUCAGGCACACACUGCACUAGCCAACACAUCUCAGGCACACACUGCACUAGCCAACACAUCUCAGGCACACACUGCACUAGCCAACACAUCUCAGGCACACACUGCACUAGCCAACACAUCUCAGGCACACACUGCACUAGCCAACACAUCUCAGGCACACACUGCACUAGCCAACACAUCUCAGGCACACACUGCACUAGCCAACACAUCUCAGGCACACACUGCACUAGCCAACACAUCUCAGGCACACACUGCACUAGCCAACACAUCUCAGGCACACACUGCACUAGCCAACACAUCUCAGGCACACACUGCACUAGCCAACACAUCUCAGGCACACACUGCACUAGCCAACACAUCUCAGGCACACACUGCACUAGCCAACACAUCUCAGGCACACACUGCACUAGCCAACACAUCUCAGGCACACACUGCACUAGCCAACACAUCUCAGGCACACACUGCACUAGCCAACACAUCUCAGGCACACACUGCACUAGCCAACACAUCUCAGGCACACACUGCACUAGCCAACACAUCUCAGGCACACACUGCACUAGCCAACACAUCUCAGGCACACACUGCACUAGCCAACACAUCUCAGGCACACACUGCACUAGCCAACACAUCUCAGGCACACACUGCACUAGCCAACACAUCUCAGGCACACACUGCACUAGCCAACACAUCUCAGGCACACACUGCACUAGCCAACACAUCUCAGGCACACACUGCACUAGCCAACACAUCUCAGGCACACACUGCACUAGCCAACACAUCUCAGGCACACACUGCACUAGCCAACACAUCUCAGGCACACACUGCACUAGCCAACACAUCUCAGGCACACACUGCACUAGCCAACACAUCUCAGGCACACACUGCACUAGCCAACACAUCUCAGGCACACACUGCACUAGCCAACACAUCUCAGGCACACACUGCACUAGCCAACACAUCUCAGGCACACACUGCACUAGCCAACACAUCUCAGGCACACACUGCACUAGCCAACACAUCUCAGGCACACACUGCACUAGCCAACACAUCUCAGGCACACACUGCACUAGCCAACACAUCUCAGGCACACACUGCACUAGCCAACACAUCUCAGGCACACACUGCACUAGCCAACACAUCUCAGGCACACACUGCACUAGCCAACACAUCUCAGGCACACACUGCACUAGCCAACACAUCUCAGGCACACACUGCACUAGCCAACACAUCUCAGGCACACACUGCACUAGCCAACACAUCUCAGGCACACACUGCACUAGCCAACACAUCUCAGGCACACACUGCACUAGCCAACACAUCUCAGGCACACACUGCACUAGCCAACACAUCUCAGGCACACACUGCACUAGCCAACACAUCUCAGGCACACACUGCACUAGCCAACACAUCUCAGGCACACACUGCACUAGCCAACACAUCUCAGGCACACACUGCACUAGCCAACACAUCUCAGGCACACACUGCACUAGCCAACACAUCUCAGGCACACACUGCACUAGCCAACACAUCUCAGGCACACACUGCACUAGCCAACACAUCCCAGGCACACACUGAACUGGCCAACACAUCUCAGGCACACACUGCACUAGCCAACACAUCUCAGGCACACACUGCACUAGCCAACACAUCUCAUGCACACACUGCACUGGCCAACACAUCUCAGGUACACACUGCACUAGCCAACACAUCUCAGGCACACACUGCACUAGCCAACACAUCUCAUGCACACACUGCACUAGCCAACACAUCUCAUGCACACACUGCACUAGCCAACACAUCUCAGGCACACACAUCACUAGCCAACACAUCUCAGGUACACACUGCACUAGCCAACAUAUCUCAGGUACACACUGCACUAGCCAACACAUCUCAGGUACACACUGCACUAGCCAACACAUCUCAGGUACACACUGCACUAGCCAACACAUCUCAUGCACACACUGCACUAGCCAACACAUCUCAGGUACACACAGCACUAGCCAACACAUCUCAGGCACACACUGCACUGGCCAACAUAUCUCAGGCACACACUGCACUAGCCAACACAUCUCAGGUACACACUGCACUAGCCAACACAUCUCAGGCACACACUGCACUAGCCAACACAUCUCAGGCACACACAGCACUAGCCAACACAUCUCAGGCACACACUGCACUAGCCAACACAUCUCAGGCACACACUGCACUAGCCAACACAUCUCAGGCACACACUGCACUAGCCAACACAUCUCAGGCACACACUGCACUAGCCAACACAUCUCAGGCACACACUGCACUAGCCAACACAUCUCAGGCACACACUGCACUAGCCAACAUAUCUCAGGCACACACUGCACUGGCCAACAUAUCUCAUGCACACACUGCACUAGCCAACAUAUCUCAGGCACACACUGCACUGGCCAACAUAUCUCAGGCACACACUGCACUGGCCAACACAUCUCAGGUACACACUGCACUAGCCAACAUAUCUCAGGCACACACUGCACUGGCCAACAUAUCUCAGGCACACACUGCACUGGCCAACAUAUCUCAGGCACACACUGCACUGGCCAACAUAUCUCAGGCACACACUGCACUAGCCAACACAUCUCAGGCACACACUGCACUAGCCAACAUAUCUCAGGUACACACUGCACUAGCCAACACAUCUCAGGCACACACAUCACUGGCCAACACAUCUCAGGCACACACUGCACUAGCCAACAUAUCUCAGGCACACACUGCACUGGCCAACAUAUCUCAUGCACACACUGCACUAGCCAACAUAUCUCAGGCACACACUGCACUGGCCAACAUAUCUCAGGCACACACUGCACUAGCCAACACAUCUCAGGCACACACUGCACUAGCCAACACAUCUCAGGCACACACUGCACUAGCCAACACAUCUCAGGCACACACUGCACUAGCCAACACAUCUCAGGCACACACUGCACUAGCCAACACAUCUCAGGCACACACUGCACUAGCCAACACAUCUCAGGCACACACUGCACUAGCCAACACAUCUCAGGCACACACUGCACUAGCCAACACAUCUCAGGCACACACUGCACUAGCCAACACAUCUCAGGCACACACUGCACUAGCCAACACAUCUCAGGCACACACUGCACUAGCCAACACAUCUCAGGCACACACUGCACUAGCCAACACAUCUCAGGCACACACUGCACUAGCCAACACAUCUCAGGCACACACUGCACUAGCCAACACAUCUCAGGCACACACUGCACUAGCCAACACAUCUCAGGCACACACUGCACUAGCCAACACAUCUCAGGCACACACUGCACUAGCCAACACAUCUCAGGCACACACUGCACUAGCCAACACAUCUCAGGCACACACUGCACUAGCCAACACAUCUCAGGCACACACUGCACUAGCCAACACAUCUCAGGCACACACUGCACUAGCCAACACAUCUCAGGCACACACUGCACUAGCCAACACAUCUCAGGCACACACUGCACUAGCCAACACAUCUCAGGCACACACUGCACUAGCCAACACAUCUCAGGCACACACUGCACUAGCCAACACAUCUCAGGCACACACUGCACUAGCCAACACAUCUCAGGCACACACUGCACUAGCCAACACAUCUCAGGCACACACUGCACUAGCCAACACAUCUCAGGCACACACUGCACUAGCCAACACAUCUCAGGCACACACUGCACUAGCCAACACAUCUCAGGCACACACUGCACUAGCCAACACAUCUCAGGCACACACUGCACUAGCCAACACAUCUCAGGCACACACUGCACUAGCCAACACAUCUCAGGCACACACUGCACUAGCCAACACAUCUCAGGCACACACUGCACUAGCCAACACAUCUCAGGCACACACUGCACUGGCCAACACAUCUCAGGCACACACUGCACUAGCCAACACAUCUCAGGCACACACUGCACUGGCCAACACAUCUCAGGCACACACUGCACUGGCCAACAUAUCUCAGGCACACACUGCACUAGCCAACAUAUCUCAGGCACACACUGCACUAGCCAACACAUCCCAGGCACACACUGCACUGGCCAACAUAUCUCAGGCACACACUGCACUGGCCAACACAUCUCAGGCACACACUGCACUAGCCAACACAUCUCAGGUACACACAUCACUGGUCAACACAUCUCAGGCACACACUGCACUAGCCAACAUAUCUCAGGCACACACUGCACUGGCCAACAUAUCUCAGGCACACACUGCACUAGCCAACACAUCUCAGGCACACACUGCACUAGCCAACAUAUCUCAGGCACACACAGCACUAGCCAACACAUCUCAGGCACACACAUCACUGGCCAACACAUCUCAUGCACACACUGCACUAGCCAACAUAUCUCAGGCACACACUGCACUGGCCAACAUAUCUCAGGCACACACUGCACUAGCCAACACAUCUCAGGCACACACAUCACUGGCCAACACAUCUCAUGCACACACUGCACUAGCCAACAUAUCUCAGGCACACACUGCACUGGCCAACAUAUCUCAGGCACACACUGCACUGGCCAACACAUCUCAGGCACACACUGCACUAGCCAACACAUCUCAGGUACACACAGCACUGGCCAACAUAUCUCAGGCACACACUGCACUGGCCAACAAAAGAAAAGGUCCUCAUAUGCCCUGUUAAUUCUAUUGUGAUAAAUUUAAUCCUCUGUGGCACUUUAUUGUAUAUCUUAACCUCUCCAAGCAUGUAGGGGGGUAAAAUCCUAACAUCCUAGCAAUAAGUCCUGUGAACGUUUCAUAUAUGGUCUCAUCUUAAAUAUCUCCAAGACAUUCCAUAUCUUACUUCACUUGUAGCCAAUUUGUAAUUGAGCCCUUUAGGUUAUAUCUGCUCCCUGCUGAAUUAGCAACAACCUGCAACAUAGUGUUCUCCUCUUGUUUUCAGUGCCUAGCAAAUCUGGUGAACAAUGCUCCAUAUCACAGACUCAAUCCUGGCCUCCUGACCAGAGUUCUUAAACAGAUCAGGCAUUUUUUCAACCACAAAGGUAUGCACCAUACUAAAUAUAAUUACUGACACGUUGUCUCUCUAGUCAACCAUUUUACACUUUGUUAUUAAAGUUUAUUGAAUAAAUGCAAACUUAAGUAAAUGGAAAUUAUUGAUUAAUAAAGAAUACACCCCAACUGCUAGAUAAACAAUGUGAUAUGGCCCACAUGCUAAAUAAAGAAAUAGUCAAAUGCUCGAUAAAGAAUAUGGGUUUAACUCUUUGCCAUAUAUGUUUCCAAAAGGAUACCAAUUAAAAUAGUCCAGCACAUUUUUUUAAAAUUGGUUAAGACUUGCUUAUUGCUUUAGAUCAAGAUCAAAGUUCUCAAAAGAAAUGUGACAAAAAUGUUGAUUUCAUAUGUUCACUUCCAGACCCCAAUGUGCGAACAGCCUGCCUGACGUGUAUAGGUUCUAUAGUGGGCAUUAAACCACCUCUGAUGGAAGUUUCCCAGCUGAUCAAGCCUCCUCAGCCUCCAGUGGGUGUCAACCGUUCGGCCAACCCUGGGGAUUCCCCGUUGUUCAGACCCGAGGAUGCUUCCUACCUCCUCUACCCUAGUUUUGCCACACCUCAUGUGCCCAAUGUUUUGGAGGAGCACCCCACGGAGCUUGGGGAUUCCAUCAAUGAAUUCCAUCUCGAGGAAAUCCCUGCAAAGAAAGUUGGCGAGGUACUUAUAAACGGCGACGGUUAUUCUGGAACUGGGGACCCCUGCGUUGUCGAAUCAUUGGCUGCAAAUGACUCUGACCAUUCUAAAGUGAAGCUGGUUGGCAACGAAGAAAAAUUAAACAUUUUUGAGUCAGGGGAGCCCAUGAAUUUGUGCGAUCAGUUCCCUGAAAACUCUGGAGCUAUGAGCCCGCUGCUGGGGGCCAGCUGUGGAGGGGACACACCCAUCUACACAGAUCAGCUGCUGCAAGCUCACGCCAGGGAGACGUCGUGGGUGAUAAAACUUUGUGUUAAAAACAUUACAGGUGAGUCAGCAGGAUAAACUAAUUCGUGGGGUCGUACAAAGAAAAAUACAGGUUCCCUUUUGUACAAUAGCAUAUUUGAGCAAAGUGAAAUUAAAUUCACUUUAUGAACUAUCAAAGCUUUUCAAGUUUAUUAAUUCUUAACACUGAUGCUUGGAACAUCCAACUCUUCCCCUAGAGUAUGGAAUGCACUUCAUCCCAUCUGUGUUUUUUAACAUAGUCUGUAUCAUUCUGCCAACAUUUCAAUUGUAUCAUUCUACUAUCAUUCUACCAACAUUUAGUUUGUAUUAUUCUACCAACAUUUUGUUUUUAUUAUUCUGCCAACAUUUAGUUUGUAUCAUUCUGCCAACAUUCGAGUAUAAUUUUUUUACACCACAGGUCAGCCUGACCUGACAAAAGAGGAUGGACAGUGCAGGCUAGAAGCCCUUCAAAAGUUUGAACCUCUGCCCAUUAGGCUUGAAGCGCUGCAGGUCAUGAGCAACCUUAUCAAAAAUUACUUCCCAGUUAUAAGGUGUGGAUUCAUUUUUACCCCCCAAAAAGUUCUUUCUAUUAUGUUACUUAUAAUAUUCAUCAUUGAUUUCUUGCAAAAGUAUCUCGUCUUCCAAAUGUAAUGAUGUUCACCAAAGCAAACAUUGGAAACUACAAAAAAAAUUAAAAUGCAAGGAUCGUCAUCAGGAUCCCAUCAUCAUCUCAUCUUCGUCACAUCAUCAUCACAUCUUCAACACUUCAUCACAUCUUCAACACUUCUUAUAUCCUCAUCACAACAUCAUCAUAUCUUCCUCUCAUUGUCAUCACAUCAUCAUCCUGAUUCAGUAGCCAUAUGGACAUGUAUCCUUUGACCUGAAGCCAUAGCGAAAAAUGUGCAGGUCAUCCUCUGUUUUGUGACAGUAGUUUGGCAAUUAUAGUAGGUCUUUGAGGCAUUUGUUGUGUUACCGUAGUUUGGCAAUUGUGGAAGGUCAUUGAGGUGCUUGUCCUGUUGUGUUACAGUAGAUUAGCCAUUGUGGCACAUAUUUGCGGCAUUGUCAUUGCGUUACAGUAGCUUGGCAAUUGUCGUAGGUCAUUGAGGUAUUGUUGUGUUACCGGGUACUGUAGUUUGUCAACUGUAUUAGGUCACUUGGACAUUUUUCUUGAAGUUUUGAUCAGGAAGUAUGUGAUGUGGUAUUGUUUCACUUGGAUGUUUGUUUUCUGUCUUAGUUAAUGUGGUUGAAGAACCUGUUCAGUUGGAUAUGGUCUAUGGCUAGCUGAAAGAUUAUGAUUAUAUGUUGUUCUUGUCCUUGGAGGCAAUUUAUGGGGGUCCAUAGCAUUUAGGCCAGGCUUGUUUGCAAAAAUAGAUCUUCUCAACAAAAAAUGACUCCUCAGUCCUGCUGAAUCUUUAACUCCAUGAAUCUUGAGUCUAAUUGUAGCCCGCCAGUUGUCCAGACAAAGAAAUGUUACCUCACCUGUGUUAUUCCACCCUAAAAAGACUUGAAACUAAAUGACUUUUAUAAAAGACAUGUUUUAUGAUUUUCACCAGGUCAAGUUUUCGUCUACUCAAAAACCUGGUUCAGAUGUGCCUGGAAGAUUCUAAUUACAUAAUUAAACUCCACGGGGCCAAAGUGCUGGAUGAACUGACCCAAGCCUUGCAAAGGGACAUUCAUGACUCAAGCUUGGCACCCAGCCAUGUUAUACCCUUCCAACAGGUCAGUGGCAAAGUUCUUUGUGCAGACCUGUGGUGUAAAGGUCUGUCUUAAAACCAAGACAAGAAGUUCACAUUUUUCAGGUAUCAUUCUCAGUUAUUUGUGCAUGGCCAGGUGAAAUGUUUCAGGUCCUUAGGUCAACUUUACUAUGAAAAGAUACAAACUAUGGUUCCGAAAACCUUCCCCACCAGUCUCGCAGGAAUUAAAUAGCUUGCUGAAGCUGAAAGAGUUGUGUCAUCUUGACACAAAACUUAGUUUUUGGAAAACGCCGAAGAAAUGAAAAGAAGUUUAAAAAAAAUUAAAUGGUCCAUCAACUGAGUUUUUUUCCCCAUUGCAUUCAGCCAUUAGAUUUAGUUAGGGAAGGUUUAUGGUUUAUCUUCGCUUUUAUGUAUGACAAACCAAAUGAACAACGGAUUUCCGUUUUAAUUUUCACAGUUAGAUAUAAUAUUCCUAUUUCCACCUUGUCUUACAUGCCAAGAACAUUGUUGUAUAUAAUGUAAACUCUUUCCUUGACAGAUAUUAGAUUUCUGGUUGUUCCUGUUAGAGGGCCCCCUGCCCCAGCUGUUGAACUACAACCCAGACAUGUCAGUUGAAGGGAACAAUCUAGUCAGGUCUGGAGCUUGUGAAUGUAUGGCCAACAUUGGAGAGGAAGUCUUCGCCAAGCUACCUGUAAGAAUCUGCACUCUGCAGUGUUGUAUAACUAACCACAGUGAAACCUCAGAUAACAAACAAAUGAGUUGAUGAACAAAUUUUGUCUUGCUUAACGAAUGCGACUUUAGGCUAUGAACACUGGCGUACGCCUGCACACACACAAUCCCAGCGGCUCAGGUCUUGAGAAAUGUCCAUUACUAAAGAGGCAAAAAAGGCAGCUGUUUGGGCUUACGCAGUGACUCUGUUAAUGAAGCAGAGGUUUAGCGUGCCACAGGAUGUAGAGUUUUAAGUUUGGAUAAAUGAAAAGCAGUUGGCUGAAGAUAGUGUUAGCGAGACAGUAAUUAACAGUGUUGGCGAGACAGUAAUUAACAGUGUUGGCAAGACAGUAAUUAAUAGUGUUGGCGAGGAGACAGUUAUUAACAGUGUUGGUGAGACAGUAAUUAACAGUGUUGGCGAGACAGUAAUUAACAGUGUUGGCAAGACAGUAAUUAAUAGUGUUGGCGAGGAGACAGUAAUUAACAGUGUUGGCGAGACAGUAAUUAACAGUGUUGGCGAGACAGUAAUUAACAGUGUUGGCGAGACAGUAAUUAACAGUGUUGGCGAGACAGUAAUUAACAGUGUUGGCGAGACAGUAAUUAACAGUGUUGGCGAGACAGUAAUUAACAGUGUUGGCGAGACAGUAAUUAACAGUAAGUAACACGGUUCAGAAAAGGUACGCUGUCAACAGAAGGGAAAGUCUGAUCGACCUGUUAACGAAUAUGACUUUUUUUUUUGGAGAAUCUUUCAUUUCUAUAAAAACCUUGAACCUCCAUAGCCAGAAAUUUCCAUAACACUUCAUCCUGGCUUGCAUAUUUGGCUCUGCCAACCAUUGUCUAACCUGUAUCCCGUACAAAAAUUCACCUAUGUCCUUAAACAGUCAGCGAACUGACAGAUUGCUGAUCCUCAGUUUGAAGGAUGUUCCUCAUAGACUUCAUAGUGGCAAACACAGCACCUUCUGGAGAAUACAGGCCUGAUUCUCAUUAUCAAAAAACUUACUUGUUGAUCAGCCUUCCUCCAAUAGUGGAUACAAUACACUUCCUUAAUGGUGAAAUUUCUAAAAAAGAAAGCAUAACUGUGUUAUGCAAAAGCAUAACUGUGUUAUGCAAAAGCAUAACUGUGUUAUGCAAAAGCAUAACUGUGUUAUGCAAAAACAUAACUGUGUUAUGCAAAAGCAUAACUGUGUUAUGCAAAAGCAUAACUGUGUUGUGCUACCUUUUUACUAAGUUUACAUUAUCAAAUUUUCUAUCAUACAUUUGAUGCGAUUUUUGAAUGAAGCCUUGUCACAACUUUCAAAUUACUAUGUGAUAAAAUUCUUAUUUUGGUCUAAAAAAAAGAAACCACGCACAAAAUAGUGUGUUCAUACAAAAAUUUGAUACAAAUUUGAAACAAAUUUAAAUUUGAUUGUGCGGACUGAGCAUCACUUGGUGACGUCUUUUGAGAUCUCUCUUAGAAUGUUCUGCCUCCCUUAUUCAAACAUCAUCCCCCCAUUACAAUCACUUAAGUACAAGGGAAAAAUGAUGGUCAAAACAUGAAGAAGAAAAAAGUUUAUCCUUAGAGAGACCCAUUUCCAACAGCUGCCCAGUACACUUUCUUGACAAAUGAGAACAUGUGGGGACUGGAACUAUGCACCAUUGACAAAUGCAUAUAUGCAUUUCAGAUGGAGCAGUUUCAGCUCUGUUACUUUUGGCGCAUACUGUGUUUGCAAAUAAAUUUUUGAAAUAAAUUUAACAAGUCUUUUAAUUAAUUUUUUAUUAACAUUUCCUAAAUUUGGAAACAAUGCUCAUGUGAAACAAGACUUGUUCUUUUUUUUCUUCUCUUCUUUUUCUUCAGUUUUUGCCAUUUUCUUAUUAAACUUAAUCUACUAAUAAGUAGAUGUUUAUUCACAUUUUUGUAGCAUUAGAUUAUUUAAUUGUGCUUCUAUCCUGUAAAUGUGCUUACGUCCCUUUGAAAAUCUCUGGCAUCCAAAUGAGUCGGCAACUACAUACCCUUGCGACUCAAACUUAAGGAAAAAAAUAAAAUGUUUCUUCACAGAGACAGCGACAGAUGCAGUGUGUUACGCUGGUGCUGGGACUGGCUGACGAUGAUGACAAACUGAUCAAAGCCUCUGCAGUGAGGGCGCUGGGCAUUUAUGUUAUGUACUCAUGCCUAAAAGAUGUAAGUCUGUCAUUAUGACCCUGGGCAUUUGUGGUACUCAUGUCUGAAAGAUGUCUGUCAUUAGGACACUGGUAAUACAUGUGAUGAAAUAGUCCCUGAAAGAUGUCACUUCAUAUAUGUUAACUUGGAAGAAAAGUUAUUUUUGGUAGUCUAAAAUUGGAUCAAUUUUCAUUAGGCAAUAGAAAUGUAAUCAAUUUAUCAUUGCAUUUACUUUACUAUCUAAGUAAGGACAUGAGUGGAAUUUUAUUUUGGGGUUAAAAAAAACAAAUACAGCUUAGUGGAAGAGGUCCACCACGUCUAAGACUAAAGGAACAGUUAUUAUUUUGUAAAUACUGCAUUGUCUGUAAUUUAAUAAAUGUGAAAAUAAGUUAUCAACAUGAAUAUUAAGUGAUCAACAUGAAUAUUAAAUAAAUCAUCAAUAUUAAAUAAGUUAUCAUUAUUAAAUAAGAACCCCUACUUGAAUGUAUGAAUUAUUUACUUUUGUAUUUCAAUGUGGUAUAAUAUAGAUUUUGUUCAUUUUUCUUUAAUGUGGUUGACCUUGUACCGCGCUUCGAGCCUUUGGGUAUGAAGCGUGAUUUUCAAAUAAACUUUAUUAUUAUUAUUACUUUUGUAUCUUUAUUUCCCAAGGAUGUUGCAUUUGUCAUAGAUGCAGGAAAGGCCAUCCUAGCAUGCAUGGGGUCAUCAAGCAAUAGUGUGAGAUUUAAGGCAGCUUGGGCCAUGGCCAACCUGUGUGACACUCUUGUCAGCAACAAGUAAAAACAUCUUUACACUCUAAACCAGCUAGUGACAUUAAUUAACCCAAGUCUCAUCAUUAUAAUAAUUGUGUCCCUGAACUUGGAGAGGAAAAACAAGAACUCUAUUCAAACAAAAAUCCAAGACUCUGUUCUCACUCAAGAACUCUAAACAGUUAUUCUUACACCACAAUUACACUCCGAAUGUCUUGCUACAGACUAAUUUUAAGGAACAAUGAAAAACUCAAACAAUCAUUUUCAGGACUGAAAAAAAUAAGUACGAUAAAUGAAAAAGAAAUAAAUUUCCAUUAAUUUUGAUUAAUAAAUAAAAAAUCUCUUAUAAAGUGAGACUAUCUGCUGAACUUGACUUUCAAAUACUAAAGCUCCAAAAAAUUAUGAUUUGAUUUUAAAAGAGAAAUCCAAUUGUUAAUUUUUUUACUAAUCGGUUAAGAUAUUAAAAGAUGGCCAUGUGAAUUUAUAUAGAGACACAAAUGUAAAAUAAAAUUUUACUUUUGUGCCAGGGUGAAUCAGUCAAAAAGUUACUCCUAGACAACGGUUUCAUUGUUUCACACAUUUAAUGAUUUAAACAGUUAAGUUAAAUUUUGGGAUUUUAAUGAUAAAAUCAUUUGACCCCAUGACCUAAUUACACCACAGCAUGUCUUACCUAACACAAAAUCCUGUAUAAACAAAUCAUUAAAAUGGAAAGUGUUUUUUUUCUUGUCCUAAUUAAGUUGUCUUCUUCCCCUGACAGUGAAAAUGUUCUAGAAGAUUUUCUGACAGAUUUCCCCGAGUCCAUGGUGCUGGAGUUGGUCCAGUGUGCCGCAUCCUCCAUGAAAGACAGUGACAAAAUCAGCUGUAACUCUGCCCGGGCUCUGGGCAACCUUCUGAGGUACCUGCCUUGUAAAGCCUUUGAGAAGCCUGACAUGGAGGCUGCGGUGGACAAGGCUGUGAAAGGCUUGGUGAAGAACAUGAGCAGUGGGACAAUGAAAGUGAGACAAUAAAAUCGCAAUUUUAUCUCAAAUGCAGCGGUUCUUGAGCCUUAAAUAUUUUAAUGCUUUGAAUUUAUGUUCAUAAAAUUGUGGGGACCUCUGCUUUCUCACCUUAUAAAGUUUCAUCCCAAUAUUUUUCAGAAACCUCAGAAAAUGUCAUUGCUAAUUGCUAUCCCUGAGAACAGUUUUAAGUAUUAUGAUUUAGUGAUCAUGUUCCAUCUCUUGUACUCAUUAAAAAACAUGACAUUUUUAAAGAUAUACAUUAAUGACUUACUUUAAGUCCAUGCGGUAUAAAAAUGUACACUACAGUGACUGUGUGUCUGUCCACCCCAUAAAAUCAGCAUACAAUGGCAGGCUAAGUGUACGAAAUUGAGAAACUGCUGCAUAUUUCUGGACACAUGCCCUCCUCUGUCAUUUUUAAGAUGUAAAAGUCAGUCUAAUUUUAAAGAAGUUAUCCAAAAAAUAUGGUAAAUCUCUGUCACUUUAUUCUGUAUUCCCUCGAAAGUAAUAGGUAUCCUUGUUACUGUUACAGUCCAUGAUUACUGAUGUUAUAUCUGUCAAAUUUUGUCUAACCCCAGGUGCGUUGGAACAGUUGCUAUGCAGCAAGCAAUGCCUUCCAGAAUACUGGCCUGCCAAUGGAUAAACCUUGGGUCACUGAUAUCCUCACAAUGCUGAGCAAAGUGGUACAGAACAGUUUAAACUUCAAGGUCAGGCAAAUAAGCUCUUUUUUGAGGGUGAUACCCAAUAAACAGAGGGGGGGGGGGGAGAGAGUUUAA